UUCUCUGCUGUAAUGUGAUGAUCCCGCAGUUAUUAUUCAUAUCUCAGUUACUCGCAUAAUAAAACAGCCAGGCAGGGCAAAGUGCAGUCCUCCCUGAUAACACUAAAGUGGCAGAACAUAGGCCUUCCAUUCUCAUAUCAGAGACACUCGGAAAGGGGACGCUGCUUUUCAAACGCAAGUGGAUACACACAAACUCAAAACCUGGUGAUUUGAUUGGUCCAGAAUGUGGGCAUGGGCGCUGCUUCCUGUUUUGCUGGCAGUGUUUGGCACUGUGGGCUUGUGGGCUGUGUUUGGAAUAGCUGUGUCUAAUAACACUGUUAAUCUGACAGUUGAGUUCCCGUACAUCAGCACAUGUGGCUCAUAUAACCCUCAGAGCUGUCUCUUCUCCCAGAUAUGCAACAUCUGUUCAGUACUGGCACUGUGGAUUGUAACAAUAAGAUUCCAGCAGGUCAGGGAUCUGGGAUAUUCAUCUCAUGUGAACACAUGCAGUCUUGUUCUCGGGUUCAUCUCCUCAAUCGGAAUCUCUGUCUUGGGGAACUUCCAGCAAUCUGUGGAGAUGAAAGUUCACCUGCUCGGGGCGUUCCUGGCAUUUUACGUGGGUUUGGUGUAUUUCUGGAUUCAGGUGUGGCUUACCUACCGCGCCAAGCCAUCACGUGACAAGAAAUGGGCAGCGCCAAUGCGGAUCAUCUUCUGCGGUCUUUCUACCGGCCUGAUUAUUGCCAUGUCUGUGCUCCAUAACAUAGGCUAUCGGUCAGAAGCAGCCGUUUGUGAGUGGGCGGCGGUCAUGGGCUUCUUCGUGCUGUUUGGAGUUUUUACUGCUGAGUUUCGGCAUAUCGACUUCCAUGAGCUGCAUGUGCAGCGAGAGAGCAAAAUCAACAAUGCCAUGCCAAUUAACCAGAUUCAAUAGACAUCUACAGGUUUACUCACCGGACUUCUAAACACACACACACACACACACACACUGUCAAGUGUGAAUAUCACAUGCAGUUUUAAUGAGAAAAAAAAAAUAUAUAGGUUUUGCUAAGCAUGAUAAAAUUUUACAAAAUAACACUUUCCCCGUAGAAAUGAGUAUGUCCUAUUUAUUUUCUGAAUGUAACAAAAAUAAAAUAAAACAUAGUGUAUUUAAUGUGCUAUUGCA